AUGGGAGAGGAGAGAUGGGAAAGAGCAAUUGAGGCCAAACUUCGGAUGUCUGAGAGGAGCAAAGAGGAGAAGAAGAGCGAGGGGAAGGAAAGUAUGAAGAUAACGAAGAUAAAGGUUUAUGUGAAUGGAGAUGGAAAGGUUGUGCUGAAGCCGUCGAACAAGAGAUUGUCUACAGAACUGAGCAGGUUGGAUGAAAGCGUGUAUGAUGUUAGCAGUAACGAGUGGAGGAUAAGUGUGAAGGACUAUAUGGCCGUGAAGGGAGGAUUGAGGAGAAACGGACUUGUAUUUGAUGAUAUUCCAAAGGGGACAUUGAGGAUUGCCAAGAAAGAGACGGACAGCCAGGAGUUUGAACUUCUGGGAGAUAUAUACGGCAUGCUCCUUCCAUUCCAAAGGGAAGGAGUGCAGUACGCUCUUCGACAAGGGGGAAGAAUAAUUGUUGCAGACGACAUGGGGCUAGGAAAGACCAUCCAGGCACUUGCAGUUUCAUACUACUACCGGUCUGAAUGGCCUCUUCUAAUCAUUGCUCCUGCAUCUUUACUUGAAGACUGGGCAGAUGCCUGUAGAAGAUUCUUAGGAGAAGAUGCAGUUGUGAUGAGGAGAAAGGAGGAUUUUGGGCAAGUGGUUGGGAUUGUAAGUUACGAGAUGGCCUCUAGCAAUGGAUCUGUACUACUUGGGAGCAAAGCAGGUGUUGUAAUUGCUGAUGAGUGCCAUUAUCUCAAGAGUAUGAAUACCAAGAGAACAAAGGCAAUAGUUCCGUUGUUGCAGAGGGCAUCUAGGGCGCUCCUACUCUCGGGAACACCUGCAGUGAGUAGGCCAUUGGAGCUUUACCCCAUAAUAUCGUCUAUCGACAGAACGAUCUUUCCACGGUUUGCCGAGUAUGGAGCCAGGUACUGUAACGGUAGAAAGGUUGGGCAGUGGUAUGACUACAAGGGUUGCAGCAAUGCAGAGGAACUUCAUUACAUCUUGAAGAAAUGUCUGAUGAUCAGAAGAACAAAGGACGAGGUGCUAAGCCAACUACCUCCCAAGUUCCGAAGGCAGGUUGUUUUGCAAUGCAAAGGAAAGCAAAGGGAUCCGGCAAAAGAGCUUGUGGGGGAGAAUGUAGACACGAAUGUGGUUGCACAGUACAGAGAAGCGGUUAAACUGAAGAUAGACCAGGUAAAACAGUAUAUAUCAACGAUCGUAGAAAAAGACAUGAAGUUCAUCAUCUUUUGCCACCAUGUCGAGAUGAUGGAUGGACUUGAAGAGUUUCUCAGAGAAAAAGGAGUUUCGAUUAUUCGGAUUGACGGAUCGACACCUAGCAGUAACAGGCACAUGCUGGUCAAAAGCUUUCAGGAGAACGAAGAGAUAAAAACUGCACUUUUGAGUAUCACGGCAUGCAGUACGGGGCUUACUCUUACUGCAGGAAGAGCAGUGGUGUUUGCAGAGCUGUAUUGGAAUCCCGGAGUUCUUCUACAAGCCGAAGAUAGAAUACAUAGGAUAGGGCAGAAGAACAGUGUGGAUAUCAUAUACUUGGUUGCAAGAGGAACGAUCGACGAGUAUGUGUGGCCCAAGCUUCUGUCGAAGCUGAAUGUCCUUGAAUCCUUAGGGAUUGGAAGCAAUCAGCUGAAGAACGUAGGAGCGACCUCCCAGCUUGGGAAUCUGUGGCAGUUCAACAUUAAGAAAUGCAACUGA